AUGAGUUGCAUUAUUGACGCAGACUGGCUGCCGGAUGACUUCCCUUGGGACGAGUUCACGUGGCUCUCGAAAGACGAUUUGAAGAAACAAUGUGCGAAGCGGUACCUUCCUGUUUCCGGUACCAAAUCCGUGCUUCGACAGCGACUGCUCGACUACCAGCGUACCCAUACCACCGAGAGACACUUUCUGCAAGAUUCUCCCUGCCUCCAUGUCGAAUAUCUCCUUCGCAAAGUUUUCAACACCCCGGAGCUUCUUCUCUGGCAAGAAGCCUACCUGACUUCAGAACUCGAAUACAUCUACAAAAAAAGCCACGCCGCCCUUAGUCGUCUCAAGCCAGACCGUUACCGUCAAGGAAAGCAAUGCGUCAUAUGUUUUGCUGUGCAUAAGACGCAUGAACUGAAUGUCCCUUGCAGUUUGUGCGGAUUGCCAACACAUCCAUUCUGCCUCAAAGCCUUGAGGAAGAAGAGAACAUGCGAUCCUGCGCAAGCCAGUCAAUGCCUCCUCUGCUUGGACAAGACCGCCUUGGCCGUUGAGAAGUACUUUGGUCGGUCUCAGGUCUCCCUGGCUGUUGCCAUACCUGUCCCCAUCCCCGCCUCCCCAGCCAGCAUCAGGGCACCAGCCGGAUCGGACCGAUCGAUAACGGGUGCUAUUCAAUCGGAGGCUGUAUCACCCGACUCCAUAGAGCGAAGGACCACCCUGCAGGAGCCACACAGCGCAGCACAGCAAAGGUGCACAUCGACGCCGCUCCCAGGGGUCCCGGCGCUCAUUUGGCAGGAGAUGCACCAGCAGGCACGAGAACAGCAAGAACAAAAACAACAACAACAACAGGAGCAAAGCGAGCAACGACAACGACAAGAUGAGCAACGACAACGACAAGAUGAGCAAAAGUAUAAACAACAAAAACAGCAGCAGCAGGCGCAGGCAAAGGUGCGAGCCAUUCGUCCCGUCAUCACUGAGGUAAGGGUCUCGGAACUCCCUGGCCCUGCCCGGGUAGAAGUAAGCAGCCGAGCAGCAGCAAAACAGACGCCCAUCGCCAAGAAGCUGGUAUUUGAGGAUCUUUGGGCGAGUCCUGCUGCUUCUGCUGCUGGUAGCGGUGCUCAUUCUUCCAUUCAAUCCUCACCUCCACCCAUAAGCACAGCUACCCAAGCUGACGAAAGUGCCGUCAAUCCUCCUGGAAAUUCCAGAGGCCGCUCUACGGACGCUCCUGAAGUCGCUGGUUUCGCCAAUGAACAGGCAAAUAAUGCCGAUGUUCCUGGCUCAGCUCUUGUCGGUGCCAAUACAAUCAUCACAGCCACUCUUGAUAAUACUAACAACAACAAAGACAACAACACCACUGACAGGAAGGCCGCCAAGCUAGCGCGCAGUCUCAAGCGGCUUGAAGCAAAGUUAGAGCAUCUAGAGAGGGAGGCAGAUUAUUACUACACAGAAGCCGAGAGGAAAGAUCGGAAAAUUGAGAGAGUUGAAAAGAAGAUUUGGAAAAUUAAGGAGAAGGCGGAGAAGAGGGCUUUGGCGAGAGGAGGGGAUUGAGUGAACGAGCUGUCUAUAAUGUUGUGCGAGGAAGUAG